AUGCCUGCGUUCGGUCGGUCCGCCUCGCUCGAAGCUCCGUGCCUUGAAGAGGAGUUUAGCAGCUGCACAAAAUUUGCGCUGUUAAUGACGGGUCUGGACUCCAGUACGCGGACCCUGAGCACCCCCAGUCCUGGCCUGAUCCUUCCCUCCAAGUCGUCCUCUCUGUCCUCCCCGGCUUUGUCCAGUAACGGCCAUGACACCAACUCCUCCUCGGCCUCCUCCGCUGUGGCAGAGACCGUGGCCGUGGUGCAUCCUCAGCCGGGAGGCCGAACCCGAGCCUCCAAGACCCACCUCCUCCACGCGCCCAUAGACCGGCUCCCGGACCACACCCUGCUGCAGAUCCUGUCCCAUCUGCCCACCAACCAGCUGUGCCGAUGUGCCCGAGUGUGCCGCCGCUGGUACAACCUGGCCUGGGACCCUCGCCUCUGGGGCACGGUCCGUCUGACUGGAGAGACUCUUCACGUGGACCGCGCCAUCCGGGUCCUGACCCACCGCCUCUGUCAGGACACUCCCAACGUGUGCCUGACCCUGGAGACGGUCAUCGUGAACGGCUGCAAGCGGCUGAGUGACCGCGGGCUGCAUGUGCUGGCCCAGUGCUGCCCAGAACUGCGCCGCCUGGAGGUGGGAGGCUGCUACAACAUCUCCAACGAGUCCGUGUUCGAGGUGGUCUCCAGGUGUCCCAGUCUGGAGCACCUCAAUCUCUCAGGCUGCUCCAAAGUGACCUGCAUCAGUCUGACGGCGGAGGCCACGCUGCAGCUCUCGCCUCUCCACGGUCAGCAGAUCUCCGUGCGCUUCCUGGACAUGAGCGACUGCUUCUGCCUGGAGGACGAGGGCCUGCGCGCAGUCGCCUCCCACUGCCCGCGCCUCACGCACCUCUACCUGCGCCGCUGCACCCGCCUCACCGACGAAUCCAUGCGCCACCUAUCCCUGCACUGCCCCUCCAUCCGCGAGCUCAGCCUCAGCGACUGCCGCCUCAUCGGGGACUUCGGCCUCCGAGAAGUGGCGCGUCUGGAGGGCUGCCUGCGCUACCUCAGCGUGGCACACUGCACGCGCAUCACGGACGUCGGCAUCCGCUACGUCGCGCGCUACUGCCCCCGACUGCGCUACCUGAACGCCAGAGGGUGCGAAGGCUUGACGGAUCACGGACUGGGACACCUGGCCAAGAGCUGCUCCAAGCUGAAGUCCUUGGACGUGGGGAAGUGCCCGCUGGUUUCGGACUGCGGUUUGGAGCAGCUAGCGAUGUGUUGCCAGGGACUGCGGCGCGUUAGCUUGAGGGCGUGCGAGAGCGUGUCGGGGAGAGGCCUCAAAGCGCUGGCGGCUAACUGUUGCGAGCUGCAGCUGCUGAACGUGCAGGACUGCGAGGUUUCUCCGGAGGCGCUGAAGUUCGUGAGACGACACUGCCGCCGCUGCGUCAUCGAACACACCAACCCGGGAUUUUACUGA